CUCCAUUUCUUCUCUUCCGUUGCACUUCUGCUACCUCAUUGCUGCUUCAGUCAAAAGAGACCAACCUUUUCGGGUCUUUGCAAUUUUUCGAGCGAGCGCGUGGCCUCUUUGAUGAUGGCGCAACGCUACCGAUACCAACCUCUAGACAUGGCUUCAGGGCACAUACGUCUGGUUCAGCUGCUACCCGGCAAUCAUGAACCUGUGCGCGUAAAGCUCACUACAUGCGCCCUGACAGAAUUAGCUUUCGAUGCGCUCUCGUACGCAUGGGGUCCAACUGGGAUGGAUCACCGCGUUGAAUGCGAAGGCUGCAAUAUUGAAAUCACCAAAAACUUGCAUCUUUUCUUGCUGUCGCUACGUCAAUAUGGGCAUGUUGAGCCUUUAUGGAUAGACGCUAUCUGCAUCGAUCAAACUAAUGUGAAGGAUAACGAAUAUAUGCUGCCAAAAUUGCCUUUUAUCUAUCAUACGGCGCAGCGCACACUGUGUUGGCCUGGGGUAGAAGACCUUACGUUCCUGCAAAAGCUUACGUCCACGAUGUCUGGAGUUCGCAACUACCAGAAAGCAAUAGUUGAAUGUCUUUCAGAGGUUGAUAUCCUCCAUUCGACAUACAGGAUUGUAGAACACGACCUAGAAGUGUUCGGCAAAGAAGCCGAGAUAUUCGAUAGCGAUAUAUGGCACAAAAUGGAUUCAUUUCUGGAUCAAUUCUAUUUCACAAAGAUAUGGGUGAUACGAGACAUCGUGUGUUCCCGGAAUCCUGUCAUAUUUGACGGAGAAAGGAGCGUUCCCUGGAGUGAUCUAGCACAGAAUUUGCUUGCCUGGCUAUUCUUCAGUCCCAAGUCAAGGCCGCAGUCCCCAGCGACUAUGUAUGUGCUUCUUUGUGAAGCCAUGCGGUGUAGGCAACUCGGACUAGACAGUAGACAUACGAAGUUGCCAGACCUGUUAUUAGCAAUACGAAGUAUCCCAGCCAGAACCUACUUUGUCAUCGACUACGUAGAUGUAGCUUACUCGAUCGCUACUCUCCUAUCCCCUGGGGAACUGACCGGAAGUACGACUGGACUUACUACCGGGGAUGUCUACAGUGAAGCUUCUGAGUAUUUGAAUGAUCUUUCUGGCCAGCCGCUAAGCCUCUCGCUAUCGGAUGGGGUUCAGCCAUCCUUGGAGUCCUGGACUACGAACUGGGAAACUCGUACGAAACGGUUUCUACUCAAUCACCCCGCAAGUAGCUUCUCGUCGUCUGGACAACAGAAUACCGAUCACACUUCUUUAGAAAUUGUGAGCCCACGCGAUGGCACAGCAUCCUUGCUCAUGCGAUGCAAAGGUUCCAUAGUAGACGCUGUUCGAAGCACAAGCGAUUAUAUGCCCCCGCGGCGUCACUGCGAUCACUACGAUGUGAACGAUCACUGCCUCUUCUUUGCCAACUGGUACGAAUAUGCAAAAGAUCAUUCGAACCGUGAGGAAGGCAGUGUGUUGCUUGAUUAUGCCGACACUAUCCAAGCCAGGGGCUGCGGGCACUUAUGGGAAGAUGCGGCGAUCACGCCUCAAGACCGGGUCAGAAAAGCACAAGAAUUUAUAGGUUUCCUUGCCGAUGAGGAUGCUGAAGAAUCUGAUAUAACAAACUCUAUCAGAAUAUUUCACGCCGCCUGUUUUCCGUCUCAUAACAGAAGAUUUGCGGUCACCAAGAAAGGUCGCUUUUGCCUCGUGCCCAAAGAUACCCAAAGUGGCGACCUCGUUUGCAUCCCACACAAUAGUAGAGUGCCCUACAUAUUUCGACCGCGUAUGGAGGGUCAUGGUUUUAUCAACAUCGGAGAGACAUUCAUUCAUGGGAUAAUGCACGGGCAAAUGAGUGAAUGGAAGGGUUCAGAAGAGAGGGAGUUCGUUCUGUAUUGAUCAUAAACAUCCACAUCCAUAAUUCAGCAAUAUCAUUUGGCUGCUGUAGACUCCAGCGAUUGAGUCUUUGCUUUGUUGAGUUUCGAGAGAAGUCUUUUCAUUGUUGAUGGCCGUCCUUGGUGUGGCUUUGCUCCAAGUUCAGAUUUCCCGUGGGAGGACCCUAUAGUCACUACUUCUAGCUUUUCGGCAUCGUAGG